AUGCAUCUUUUGUAUAUUUAUACUAUUCAAACUGGUCUCGGCUUUUUGAAAAAGCAGAAAAAAGAACUUCGAUAUUUCAAGAAAAGUAUACGUGCAGGACGAAGAAUCAGAGCCAAUAAAACAAGACGACAGUGUAAUGGUACAAAUAUUGAUCGAAAAUGUUCACAUGCAAAAAUAAAUGGCAAAGCAUUAUCAUCAGCGACAGAAAGUCUCUUAGACGUUUUCGAUAGCUAUUGGACUGGUGUGAUAACUUGUGGUACACCAGCACAAACAUUUGUUAUUGAUUUUGAUACUGGUUCAGCGAAUUUAUGGAUACCUGGUAAAACGUGUAAAACAAACUGUGGUGGGACACAUUAUUAUGAUCCAUCAAAGUCAAGUACAUAUAAAGCGAACGGCAAAGCAUUUAGCAUUUAUUACGGUGACGGUUCAUGGGUUAAAGGUGCUUUUGUUAGUGAUUCAUGCACGGUUGCUGGAUUAACCGUCAAAAAUCAAGUAUUUGGUGUGGUAUCCUCAGCCUACCAAAUGGGAGGCGCACAAAAUGAUGGUAUACUUGGUUUAGCAUAUGCCUCCAUAGCUUCUGGUGGUCAACAACCUCUCUUCUACAACAUGUAUGCACAAAAUUUAAUACCACAAGCUAUAUUUAGUGUCUAUUUGGAUAGUAACGGUGGUGAAUUAAUUUUAGGUGGUCUUGAUGAUACAAAAUAUAUAGGUUCCAUGACGUAUGUCAGUGUUCAACCUAAAGGUUAUUGGGAAUUUGCGAUGACAAGUAUUUCUGUUGGCUCUACAAAAAUUUGUUCCUCAGGGUGUUAUGUUAUUGCUGAUACGGGUACAACAUUAAUUGUUGGUCCAAAAACACAAGUCAAUUCGUUACAUAGUUUAAUUGGUGGUGUUACAUAUGAUUCACAAUAUGGAUUAUAUCAGGUUAGUUGUAAAAAUCGUGCAUUAUCCUCAUUUCCAAAUGUCACGUUUACCGUCAAUGGUGUUGCAUUCUCCUUAAUGCCGUUACAAUAUUUAAUUAUCUAUCGAAUAUCUAGCACUACUUACAACUGUUAUUCGGUGUUUCAACCAUCAGACAUGACAGAUAGUCUUGGAAAAUUAUUUUGGAUAUUAGGUGAUUCAUUUUUAACAAGAUUUUAUUCUUCUUAUGAUUUAACAAAUAAUCAGGUAGGUUUGGGUAUGUCGGCUAAUUACAACAAUAUACCAAUACCGCCAAGUUCCUUAUUCAAACCAAGUGGAAAGAAACGAUGA